AUGAGUAGUAAAUCAUCUAGAGUAAUUUCUUUUCAAACUGAAAUCAGUAAAGAAUCAUGCAAAGAAACAAAACCUAAAAAAACAACACACCUAAAAAGUAAACAGAAAGGGGAUGCUAAAAGCGAUAUUGAUGAUAUUUUCAGUGAGUUGAAAGGAAAACAAAGAAAGGCUGCUGAAGAAAAACAAAAAGAAGAAGAAAAAGCUAAAAGAAGAGAAGAAAAUGGUGGAAAGAAAAAAAUAAGAAGAACUGAAGAAGGGUAUCGUAUUUACACGCUUGAAGAACUUGGACUUGACAAAAAUAAAUUUGGUGGAAAUACACCACUAUGCCCUUUUGAUUGUGACUGUUGCCAUUAA